AUGUCCUUGCGGACUUCUUCCGCCUCCCUGAGCCUGUGCUUCUGGCCUGGCAGCAGAGAUCGGACAAACGUACCCGGUCGCCGUCGCUUGAUAUCUGCCGUCAUUGCUGCCAUUGGAGCCUUUGUUCUAUUCUACCUUUACGCGGUACCCCAGCUCAAGAGGUUUCGAUUCCGCUCCGAGUUGAGCUGGUAUGAUCUGGGACUAUAUGGGUUCGGACCAUCCCAGAGUUACAUCUCCUUCGACGAGGAAUCCCCAAUCGUUGAAAUCUCACCACCUGGAGCACAAUGCGAUCCACGAUAUACUUUUCUUGCGCCACGAGGCGACUCGGUGGCACACCCGGGGCCCAUGAUCUUGGAUGCUCGGGGUGAGUUGGUGUGGAUGAAAUACAAUUGGGGCACCACGCAGGACUUUAGAAUUCAGCGCUAUAAGGGCCAAGACUAUGUCACAUACUGGCAAGGUGACGAGGAAGAUGGACAUGGCCGUGGAUCAUGGUAUAUGCUCGACUCAACAUACGCCACCAAAUACAUCGUCUCCCCCGUUGGCGCCAUGGAUGGCGAUCUUCACGAUUUCCACAUCACCGUAAAUGAUACGGCUCUGAUUACGAUAUACGACCCGAUCCCGGCCGAUUUGACGUCCGUUGGUGGACCGGAACUUGGAUGGCUGUACGAGGGCGUCUUCCAGGAAGUUGACAUUGAGACAGGAGAGCUCCUCUUCGAGUGGCGCUCAUCCAAAUUUUUCCCACCCAGCAGCAGCUACGAGCCAAUCAACGACCGGGGUCAUGAACGAACCCUGGGCUAUGACUAUUUCCACAUGAACAGUGUCGACAAGGAUGACCAAGGCCGCUACCUGGUCUCGGCACGGCAUACCCACUCCGUCACUUGUAUCGACGGAUCUACUGGCGAGGUGCUUUGGACCCUGGGUGGCAAGGAUAAUGAAUUCUCCGACGCAUCGAAUGGGGCAGCUACUCAAUUUGAGUGGCAGCAUGACGCGCGCUGGCAUGGUCCCAACCAGAUCACGCUUUUCAAUAAUGCUGCCAACGGCGAUUACGAUCUGCAAAAAAUCAGUCACGGCGCCUUGAUCGAGUUAGAUAUUCCCGCGCGCCAAGCGACGUUAUUGACCAGCUACAAUCACCCCCAAGACCUGAUGGCGACCUCGCAGGGCAAUCUACAGGUUCUUGACACGGGGAAUGUGCUUGUCGGUUGGGGUCACAGUGCUGCAUAUACGGAGUUCUCUCGCGAGGGCGACGUGCUAUGCGAUGUUCACUUUGGUGCAUCGGCGUAUUUCUCUUUUGGCCGGAUUGUUUCAUAUCGCGUUACCAAGGGUGAUUGGAUCGGUACGCCGGACACUUUGCCUGACGCCGCGGUCGCCGAUGACAGUGUCUUCGUGAGCUGGAAUGGCGCUACCGAGGUUGUCUCUUGGCGACUUGAAGUCUGGGACGGCGCAGGGCUGGAAAAUAUGGUGUUUACAACGGUGGAUGAAGUCGAUCGUGAUGGGUUCGAAACCGAGAUCCCGCUACAUCCCGAAGUUACCACCUUCUUCCGAGUGUGUGCCAUCAACGCCGACGGUGAUAUACUCAGUACAACCGAAAUCCUGCAACGCGGUCCCUCCUCAGCAAGAGGAGACUUCUUGACAGUCCAUUGGGGUGUAGUCGUUAUUGCGAUUUUCGCAUCGGUCUGUCUCGUUUGUGGCUUGUAUUGUGCUGUGAAUCGUCAGUUGCGACGGCGCCGGUCCGAUGCCUACGGGCUGUAUCGAUUGGUCGUGCAUAAGGAUGAAGCUGAGAAUGACUCUGAACAUGACCGUCUGCCGAUUUAG